AUGGCGCCGGGCGGCUCGAGUGGGGAGCGCACCUUCGCAGCGGACGUGUCUCCGGGCGUGCCCUGCGAGCUCCAGAUGUACGACAGCGGCUGCGACGGCUGGGACGGCAUCACGUGGAGCGGGCUCGGGCAGGAGGGCCUCACUUUGCAUCAGGAAGACUGCGUCCCGGCCGGCUCGCCCAGCGCCGUCGUUGUCGAGGGCACUCUGGUCGGCGUGAACGAGUGGCUCGUACUGAUGCCCGCGGGGAGCAAGGACUGCGACGGCGCGACGCAGGCGCGCAGCACGCAGGGCGGCCAGAUGAGCGCGAACGGUUCGGUGCCUGUCUGGCUGCCAGCGGCGGGGACAUACAAGGUGUGCCACUCCUCACAGCAGAGCCCGGAUGAUGACGGCGACUUCGUGCUCGUGUCCCAUGUCUUGCAGAAGGCCUGCCUACCCCCCAACGCCCCACCGGCCCCGCCGACGUCGGACGAGGCCGUUCCCGUGGAGCCGUGGUCGACGACUGCCACCGUUGCCUACACCGUUGCCGCCACCGUGGGCGUCUGCGCGGCGGCUUUGUCGCCCUCGCCGCGCGCCACGUUUGCCGGAAGACCCAGUCCGCCAAUAGCCCGCCAGAGCUGAGCGACGCCGGGGCGUUGGCGCGAGAAAUCUCCGAGGCACUCCAGCCGGGCAACCAGCAGCCCCGGGGGCGGAUCCGCGUGGAGAUCUCGCCGAUGGUGCGAGCCGGCGGCGGCGUCGAGUUUGCGGCGACGGCUCCCGUGAAUCCCGGCAUCACGCAAGCCUAAGCCUCGGCCUCAGCGGCAUCGCUGUCGGGCAGCCGCGUCGCGCGCGCCCCGCUGCUUGCGUGCUCCACCAGCGCCCCGCCCCAGCCGGCGCCUCCGCGCGCGAGCUGGCCGAAGCCGACCACGGCGAGGGUGAAGCCGACGCGCUCGUCUUCGGACCUCGGAGCCCAGGCGUGCGGCGUCAAGAACGACCACGUCGUCGUGAAGGAG